GCCAAAAAGCUCAUCGCUCCACGGCCUGCGCACAGCCUGGCCCACCAAACUCCGCCUAGGUCACCGCAGUGAUCUUAUAAGUAAAGGAGCAGACGGAGGCGUGCCUCUUCUUGACCUGAAAUACGAAAACAACACAGGCAGCGCAGCAGGAGACCUGCUGCACACACUCUGCCAGCUGCAGCUUUGCAAGACCGCCGCAGCGAUGCCAUCAAAACUUCUAGCCGCGACGCUCGCCGCAACAACGAGCGCCCUCUCGAGCUACUCGCCGCCGCCGCCGAAAUUAAUCAAGCAGUGCGCCUGGCAACAAACGCACUGCGCGACGGCGCCCCAGUUCCGCAACGUGGUACAAUGGUACGAGGGCGACGCGCACGGGUCUGGUAAUUGGGGCGUCACGUACCGACGAUACGUCGACGGCUUCGUGAAGGCCGUCGCGGACGAUUUAGGGAUAGAGGAGGGCGCCACGGUCUUUGAGUCCGCCGUGGGCGAGGGCUGGUUCCUCUCCGGUCUAUACGAGUUACUUGAUGUGGCCUUCGACGUCGCGGGCAACGACGUCUCGAUGAAAGCCAUCGAGGAGUGCCGCAUGGAGCUGCCCUGGGGCAGUUUUGCUGUUGGCGACUCGCUCAACCUAACCUGGGUCGACCCGCAGCGGUUCGACGCCGUCAUCUGUGCGUACGUCGAGCCCGGCGAAAAUGAAAAUGAGGCCGCGGUUACGGAAACAUGGGUCCGCGAGAUGUGCCGCUUGGCGAAGCCGAGUGCAAGGGUGUUCGUGGGGAACGUGCGGCCACCACGCGGCGUGACCGACGCAGCGGCCGGCGCGUACCUGAAACCGCCGGAGGACCUCGUCACGGAAGCCUGGUGGGAAGCCAAGGCCGGCGACUGGGGCGUCGACGACGUGCGCAUCGUCCCGCUGACCGACGCGACGCUGUUGGAGGAGUGGGGGCCGCGCUACCACGUCUUCAUGCGGAAGCGCGCGGCGGAGAGGAAGUGGCCGAGCUGGCAGGACGACAUGGUGACUGGUGGUUUUUGAUGUGUGUGUAAGAACUGUUGUAUCA